CGGCGGUGCUCUCUGUUUUCCCUCAUAAACCUUCCUGGUCAGGAGAAAAAUUACCCACCAGAUACAACUUAUCCUCAAACAAACCAAAACCCACUAUCCAUCAACAGUGGAGCCUCUACUUUUCUCCUCUUCACUCCAUCGUCCCACUCCCAGCUCUGCACUCUCUCAAGGAAAAUCAAAACUCUAAAAAUUCCCUAGCUCUACGAAUGGUGAUGGCGGUUCAGGCGCCACAAGGCUUCUGGCGCCUCCACUCUCGGAAACCGAAUUCCCAACUUCACCCUCCUCAAUUCUUGCCUCCGCAGCCGGCGACUUCUUCCCGGAGAAAAGCUCUCGACUUUUCUUGUACGGCCACCGGAAAUGAUGAUUAUUAUCUUAUAGACGCCGAAGAGUCUGCCGGAGAUGGGUUCUCUUUCAGCGGAGGGAAGUAUUCCGGCGAGCCAAGUCCGUCCGAUGAAUGGUUCAAACUUGGGAAAAUGGUUAAAGCGCAUCCAGUGUUUGGUUCUAAGGAGAAAGCUCAGGAUCCUAUAUUUGGGCUCAAGAUGGGUUCUGCUUCUCAGACUUCUGAUGACCUUUUCAGAUGGUUUUGCGUGGAGAGUGGAAGUGCUGAUAGCCCUACUGUUGUUCUGGUUCAUGGUUUCCCUUCACAGGCAUACUCUUACCGCAAAGUGCUUCCUGUGCUCUCCAAAAACUAUCAUCCCGUUGCUUUUGAUUGGCUAGGAUUUGGGUUUUCUGAUAAGCCACAACCCAAAUAUGGAUUUGACUACACAUUGGAUGAAUAUGCCUCUUCGUUGGAGUCCUUGAUCAAUGAAAUCGGUCCUAGUAAGAUCUCACUCGUUGCACAGGGCUAUUCUGCCCCUGUUGCUGUGAAAUAUGCGAGCAGUCACCAAGAUAAGAUUAGUAGCUUGAUACUUCUCAAUCCUCCUCUAACAGCCGCGCACGCAAACCUGCCAUCGACAUUGUCUAUAUUCAGCAACUUCUUGCUGGGUGAAAUCUUUUCUCAGGACCCCUUGAGGGCAAGUGACAAGGUGUUGACUAGCAGUGGACCUUACAAAAUGAAAGAGGAUGAUGCAAUGGUGUACAGAAGUCCUUAUCUCACAUCUGGUUCUGCUGGAUUUGCACUAAAUGCAAUUAGUAGAGCCAUGAAGAAAGAUUUGAAGAGAUAUGUUGAAGAAGCGAAGGAAAUGCUCUUGGAUAAAAGCUGGGGUGUUCAGACUACAGUUUGUUGGGGGCGUAGAGACCGGUGGUUGAGCUUCGAUGGAGUUGAGGAAUUGCUCAAGGGUUCGAAAGUCAAGCUCAUUGAGCUCCCAAUGGCAGGGCAUCAUGUGCAAGAAGACUCCGGCGACGAACUUGGUGGGAUCAUCUCUGGAGUAAUCAGUGGGAGGAUUCGUAACUAAUUAGUGAAAACAAAUCCAGGACAGCCAUUAUUUGGAUGAAGAAACAAUGAAUUGUUUGCAUUUGAUUAACUGUCGAGUUUGUGUACAGAUUGCGAGGAGACAGUGUAACUUGGGACCCAAGCAACUAAUACUAUGGAAUUCAGCGAUAUGUUUUUGGAACAAGAUUAGAACUUAUGAUCAGGAAAAGAGAUUAGGAUUUCUCCUCCUUCAUAGCCUUCUUCACGCUGUACACUAAACUAUCAUCAUCUUCAUCAUCAUCAGAAUUUGAAUUUGAAUCUAACGGUGAUAAAGCUCGGAAUCUGUU